AUGGCAACUGCAUCGAUAAAUUCCAAACAAUGUUUUAUAUGUAAAAAAGAGAAAUCCAACUUACACUCAUGCGACGGUUGCUCAGAAAAAUUUUGUUUCUCGGAUUUAUCAAAACACCGUCAAGAACAUGAAGUAGAACUAGAAAAAAUUGUCACUGAUUGUGAUACAUUCCAACAAAGUAUAAGUGAGCAACAGCAAGAUAUCAAUCAUAGUCCAUUAAUACAACAAGUGAAUGCAUGGGAACGCGAUUCAAUCAUGAAGAUUCAGCAAACGGCAGAAGACUGCCGACAAAGAUUAAUUAAAUCGACAGACGAUAAUAUUGCUGAAAUAAAGAAGAAAUUGAAUCAAUUCAUUACUGGCUUGAGAAAAAUACGAGACGAUGGUGAUUUCAAUGAAAUUCAGUUAAACAAUUUGAAGAUGUUGUUAGAAGAAUUGAAGAAAAAGUUUGAGCAACCACUGAAUGUUUCCAUUUUGGAAGAGCCUACAUCGUUUAUAAACAAAAUAUCAAUUUCAGGUUAG